AUGGACGUUAAAUCUCUUCCCCAACACCACAAUACAUUCUCCGGCCAUCUGCCCGCGCCACCUCCCGGCGCCGGGUCAGCACACCACCGGGCCCUCUUCCGUUGGGCCUUCUAUUGGGGCAAAGAGGCCCAAUUCCUGUUCAACAACUGGCCCGACAAUAGUUCGGCAAUGUAUGCACUUUCCUUGAUACUCGUCUUCACUUUAGCCGUCACCGCCGAGUUCUUGUCCAAACUGGACAUCGACAAAGAUGGUUCUAACAGGAUCGGGUCAAUUUUCUUCCGGGCUGGAAUAUCUGCGGUACGGGCCGGGUUUGCGUACAUGAUUAUUUUGGCCGUGAUGUCGUACAACGGCGGCGUGUUCAUUGCGGCCGUUUUGGGCCAUGCGGUUGGGCACGUUGCUUUUGGGAGUGGGCUUGCGAAGAAAGACGUUAGGCCCAAUUGA